CUUCUUUCUCCCUGUCUCUGCCUUUUCCUCUUCUCUUCUCUUCCCUUCUCCUUCUCUCUUCAUCGAUCCUCUCUGGUAGAGUCCGUUCUCUCGUUCUUGCACUUCAGUGUCUGAGACACGUUCAUUCUUUUCAGUCAUUCCUUCAACUUAUUGCUUCGCGAAUUGAGUUCGCAGCUUUGCCUUCCUUUGAGGACUUACCAAGAUCAGACAUUGACUGUCGACAUCCUCACAAUGCAGUUUACCUUUAAGCUCUCUGUUGCUCUUCUAGGCGCCUUGGUCGCCGUUGGAGAGGCUACCCAUGGUCGUCAAGUUCGCCAUGAGAGGCGCUUCCAACCGAACGGAUUCUCCAACCUAACGACUACUACAACCUAUAUCACGGUCUUUCCAACCCCGACUCCUCUUUCUUCUGCGCCAGUCACACCUGUUUUACCUGUCUCGCCGAGUACUCCCAUAGUCAGCCCUGUUUCGCCAGUCACACCUAGCUCAUCUUCUGUGGCUGUGAUUCCUACUAGUACUCGUACCCCGAGUCCCAGCUCCUCUGUUCCCAUUAUCCCAAGUACUCCUGUUAGGCCGGUCACCCCUGUCUCUCCAAUUACGCCUAGCUCGUCAUCUGUGCCCGUGAUCCCUACUAGCCGCACUCAUACACCCAGUAUUCCUCUCACCACGAGCCCGGCCCGGCCAGGAACCACCAGCAUCGGCUAUGAGACCGAGGGGCCGGGUGAGGUUGUGACCAUCACCUACACAUUGGGCACGGGCACUACGACAAGUGUUGUCACGACUACCAUCCACAAGACUCGCACACGUACUGAAACCGUCUAUGAGACUCUCGCCCCUGGAGGAGACAACACUGACGUGGUGACCACUACCGUGACCUCAAUUGAUGGGUCUCUUACUGCUCCUGGUGACAACACUGCCGUCGUAACUUCCGCCGCGACUGCAGGUGGCGAGGCUCCCUCCUCGGGUGCCGUUUUUUUUAUUUUUUCAACCACUACCUUUAUCUACACUGUGCGCCCGGUUCCUACAAGUUCUUCAGGCUCUGGUUCUUGGACCGACUCCGGUUCUGGGGCCUGUGGCCCUCAGGCUACGGUUACAGUCACCGAAUCCUUUACCGUCACCACUGCUGGACCCACUGCUACCUACACCGAGCCUGAGAACAACAACCAGCACGCUACCACGCGUCCUGGUCGCCCCGGUCGUCCUAACCAUCCUCAUCGACCACCUCACGGCCACGACGAUGAUGAGGAGGAGGAGGAGGAUGAAUCUGGCAACGGUCCUGUCCCGACGACCACCUACACGCCUGUCAUCCCAACUUACACACCCCCUCCGUUCCCAACACUUCCUCCUCAUAACAACGGCACACGCCCUGGAACCAGCAGCGGCUACGCAAGGCCCACCGGCUUCGUCACCAGUAGUCGAGGGCCCGCUCCCACGAACUGGCGUCGUCGAUAUAUCUAA